AUGAGCACCGCGUCCCCGACCGCCUUCCUCCUCUGGGCCAUCCUCUCCGUCCUCUUCCAAGUGUUUCUCACAUACCAUCUAUGGAGCUACGACCGCUUCCAAUGCCUCCGCUGGUCCUCAGGUCGCCAGCCAGGCGCGUUCAAGCGCGUCAUGACCUACUCGUAUCUAUGCUCCGUCCCGCUGUUCGUGAUCUACAGCGUCGCGAUGACCGCCCUCAAAUACAACGAGGGCUUUAUCGUCACCCAGGAUCAGCGCAUCCUCCCCCGCCCGGUCUACAUGUACACCGGCGCGUCCCGCCGCUGGUACCUCCCGCUCAACUUUGUCUUCAGCUUCGGCUGGGCGCUUGAAUUAGUGACGCAUCUCGAAGAGCUCGCGUUCUGGUUGUACCUGCUGCAUCAGACGCCGGAGAAGGGCGAGUGGUUCGAGAGCUGGGAGUACAAGUUGUGGUAUUGCGGUGGCAUCGUCGCGAUCAUUGGCAUGCCGCUGACGUGCAUGAUCGCGCGACGCCAUCUCGAGACGGUCGACGCGUAUAUAUUCCUGUCGGGCUCGGCGGGCUCGUUGACCACGACGGUCGCGUUUCUGUAUGUGCUUUGGAGCUUUCCGCGGUUCAUUCGGCAUGUCAAGUCUGAGGGCGCGGACCCGACGGUCGUCGUGCGUCUGUGCACGUUCUACCAGCUCAAUCUCGCGCGCGUCGUGUUCCGCUUUAUGUUCACCAUCCCACUGCUCAUGAUCGCGAUCGACGGCAUCUCGGGGACCACGCAUCCACUCAACUCGAAUCUGUUCUCAACAGUAGAUUUUUUGCAGAUGAUUGGGGGAGUGGGGUGUUUCGUUUCGUCGGCGAUUACACUUCUCAUCUUCUUCCCACGCUCAAUCCUACGCGAAGCGGGAUACAAGCCCAGGGCAUCCUCAACAGCACCCAACUCGCCCAAGGACGCGCCCGUCAGCCCGCCGCUGUCGAACUUCCCGCGCACGAUCGGCUCGCCGAGC